CUCCGCCCCCCGUACUGGCGCACCAGCCGGCCUUGGGCGGCCAGCAGCUCGCAACAUGGCGGACAGCGCUAGCGAGAGCGACACGGAUGCGGCGGGGAGCUCGUCCGCGCUGCCGCCCAACUCCUCCUCGGCCGCGUCUUCCUCCAAGGCCGGCAUCGUGAUCUCGGCGUCCAAGCUGGAGGAGCUGAGCAACCGGCUUGCGUCGCUGCAGCAGGAGAACAAGGUGCUGAAGAUCGAGCUGGAGACCUACAAGCUGAAAUGCAAGGCCCUGCAGGAGGAGAACCGCGACCUGCGCAAGGCCAGCGUCACCAUCCAAGCAAGGGCUGAACAAGAGGAAGAAUUUAUCAGUAACACCUUGUUUAAGAAGAUACAAGCUUUACAAAAAGAAAAAGAAACAUUGGCUGUAAAUUAUGAGAAAGAAGAAGAAUUUCUAACAAAUGAACUCUCCCGCAAGCUGAUGCAGUUGCAGCAUGAAAAGGCUGAACUGGAACAGACACUGGAGCAGGAGCAGGAGUUUCAAGUAAAUAAACUAAUGAAAAAGAUAAAGAAAUUGGAAAAUGAUACUCUUUCCAAACAAUUUACACUUGAACAGCUGCGUCGUGAGAAAAUUGACCUUGAAAAUACCUUGGAACAAGAGCAAGAAGCAUUAGUAAAUAGACUGUGGAAACGCAUGGAUAAACUGGAAGCUGAGAAACGAAUUCUGCAGGAAAAAUUAGACCAGCCUGUGUCAGCCCCACCUUCACCAAGGGACAUUUCCAUGGAAAUAGACUCACCAGAAAACAUGAUGCGACAUAUCAGGUUUUUGAAGAAUGAGGUGGAGAGGCUAAAAAAGCAACUCAGAGCAGCCCAGUUACAGCAUACAGAGAAAAUGGCACAGUAUUUAGAAGAGGAACGUCACAUGAGGGAAGAGAACCUGAGACUUCAACGUAAACUACAAAGGGAAAUGGAAAGGAGAGAAGCACUCUGCAGACAGCUGUCUGAAAGCGAGUCCAGCUUGGAAAUGGAUGAUGAGAGAUACUUCAAUGAGAUGUCUGCUCAAGGACUCAGACCUCGUACUGUAUCCAGCCCUAUUCCCUACACACCAUCUCCAAGUUCCAGCAGGCCUAUAUCUCCUGGUCUAUCUUAUGCAAGUCACAGUGUUGGGUUUACACCGCCCACUACUUUGACACGUGCUGGAAUGUCCUAUUACACCUCACCUGGUCUUCAUGUACAGCAUAUGGGAACUUCUCAUGGCAUUGCGGUUUACGAAUCCCUGAAGGCUUUGCUGGCCGAACCACCCAAACCACAAAGGUACGAAAUUCCAUCUCUGGGCUAUGCUGAAAACAAUGAUUGCAGUUUGAUUUCGCACCAAAAUAGGAAGAGUUUGUUUGAUUCCAUGCUGCUACUUAAACUUCAGUCAAUCUUUAUUGAAAUUUUAAUAGAAAUUAGGUGGGUUAAGAUUGUGCACGAUCUUUCUUUCUGCUUUCCCUCUGUGCCCCCAUCACUCCUGCUUUAUUGCAGUCAUCCUCCAAUGGAAAGUUACUGGAGGCCAUACGCCAACAAGAACUUUAAGCUUUUAAGGAAGUGAGUAGAAUAUUGAAGGAAUUGGUACACUUAGCCCAACCAUUUUAUGCUGCUACUGAAGCUGACACAUGUUCAAAUUUGGCAUCCAUCUGCUGUCCUUGAGCAAAGGAACAAAAAUUAGAUGUUUAGUUGUUUGAGCACAUUCUACCAUUGACUUGUGAAUCUUAAAUGGUUUCACCCAAUUUGCUUGUAAAUUCUUUUAUAGUUUUUGUCUGGCAUUGUCAUUUAAUUUUUAAAGCAACAGUGGCUCUUCCAGAUAUUCCUACAAACCCUUCAUGAAGCUGUGCUUCUUGACAACUGAAAAAUCAGACUUUUAAUUUUAUCCCCCAUUGUUCUGACUCAUCGUAGCAGGCAUGGUUUAUUCUUUUGAAAUCCUUUGUGCUUCAUGUUAGAUCACUUCCUGAUAUUCUAUCACUGGUGAAUAAAAGGUUUAGUUUAUUAGCUCUCCUAAUUUGGCCUCCAUUAAGUACCCAGACUUAAAGAAAUUGCACAAUAUGUUGUCUGAUAAAUUUUAUCUCUUUUUCAGCAUAACUUUCACUCCUUUGUAUUCGGUACAUUGUUACCAUAAUUAAUUGAGCUUUGCUCCCACUACUAAGUUGAAAGUAUAUUGAGGUAUCCUAAGAGGAACUUGAGUUAAAUUCUGCUUCUUUUAUUGACUUAAUUUUUUAUCAGACAUACUUUAUUACAGUAGCGUUCCAAAGCUCUGCUGAACCCAUUAAUAUUUUGUGGAUAAACUAAUAGUGACAAUCUUGGAUUUUACUUUUAAGAAGAAGCAAUGAUUGAAGACCAAAGGGGUUGUCUCUGAGCAAGUUCUCAAUAUAAAACAAGUUGGAUUGUGUUACCGCUCAGAUUUGCUGAUAUAAAUGCAAUCUGAUCAGAUCAGCACUGAAGUUAGGUUGGGUGUUGUGUAUGGCUACAUUUAUGUAAUCUGUUCUUCCAACUAAAUUGCACAUAUUUGUGGGGCAACAGGGGCUAGUUAAAUGGUUAUGAAGACAAACAGUGAUGGAUAUUUAAAGCCCAGACAGAUUAUGAUGUCCAAUAUGCAAUGCUAAUCUGAGAGGGCUACUUGUACAGUUCAAUGUUCUCGCCACCAUCCACAUUUAUUUUUGUAGCUGGAUGCUCUUGCAUCAGUGUAACAUUAUUUAGGAGGAUUGUCCAGUACUUUUGACUCUUGCUGUGGUUCUGCAUGCAAAAGUCUAGAGAGGGUGAUGUGGUCCUGAUUUCUGAAUGAACCAUCUACUCCUAAGAAUUCAUUUAUAUGUGUUCCCCGAGAAGUGAGGAAAAAGGAGCACAGAGAAUAGCAAGCUGUUGGAAGACACAAGAACAGUUGAGAAAGGGUGGAUGGGGUUGGCGAAGAUAGAUUUUUAGCAGCUGAGUGUCCUAUCUGCCCUCGUGUUCAGAAGGUGAGGACCAAAGAAUUGGCAAUGAUGUAGCAAAGUUCUUAUCACUGAAAUCUGUCAGCUAUUCUAACCAUAAUCACAUCCUUGAAACAGUGCAGGGGCUCCGUUUCCAGUGACAGCUGAGAUGACGAACAAUGGGAUUUGUAUAAAAACACAACACUUAGUUCUAGUUUAUCAUGAUUCAGAGUCUGUGACAUUGGAUACUAUUGAGUUGGGCACCACUUCCACACGAGGAGGACUGGAGUUCACUAUAAUAUAGAAAGUCUUCAGUCAUUUUGGUACCAUCUUUAUAACAGCAAGUGCAGGUUUUUCAUUUUAACCAAGUGAUCCAUUGUGCAAACCUAUUGCCUGUGUUUUGGUAAGCUAACUCUAUUUUCUGUGACUAUUGAUCAGUGAGCUUGUUUACCACUGGAAAACUGUGGUCCUUAUUGCCUGGCUGCAGCCAACUUGUCAGUGAUGUCUUACCCCAUACAGAUUCCAUCUCUGCCAUCAUUUGUUCUAUAACUGAAAUUCAAAAAAAGGAUGGUGGGGAAGAGUGAGAGUGAAUAUGUAUUUGUCUGCACUAGCUUCAGCUUGUAAGUCAGAAUGUACAGACUGAAGUAGAGAUUGGUAAGUGUGGACUAGGUGCAUCACAAUCUUUUGUUUCAGAUGCACUAUGGGGCCUUUGUCAAUGCUGUCCCGAUAAUUUCCAUCGUCCUUGGAGUUUAAGUCAUACAACUAGGCUCAGUGCCUGCAUCUGCAUCUGCCUCUGGUAGUGUCUUGACUUUCCACUGUAGAAGUGAACAUCAAGUAGUCUGUGAUGGUGUGACUGGUAAAACAGCUGGAACUGCCUCCAAACUAGGAGAUGAAGUUGGAAACUUGCCCCAUCAUUGUAUGUGAGAUUGUGCAGGAGGAUUUCAGCAUUAGAUGAGAAUCCUGAAUGCCAGGGGUUAUUGAUAAAAAUUAUAGGCUGUAGUUUUUAAGUGGUGUCUGCUGAUGCCAGUGGUCCCAGUGAUAGAAUAUGGCACAAAAGACUGUUCAUGGAUGACGACCACACAUGAGGCUAUUAAACUUUUGAUAAUUCCUUGCACUAUGAAUCCUACUGCCAUCUUAAAUGAAUUCUGGAGGACAUUUUGACGCUGCAGAUGAAGGAUAUCUCCCAUGCAUCAUUUUCAUCACUCUAGUGCCUCUUGUAAUAAAGAAAAUGUGAUAAUCAGUUUGUCCAGGUCAUUUUCUCAUAUAUAUUGUGAUAAUUUGCUAUUGGUGCUGAUCAGUACGAUUCCUUUCUGGAUACAUCGGUUAACUCCCUGCUUCUCUUUGAAAUAAUACCAUCAAUCUCUUCUGUCUGCUUGACUGCACCAGCAAGAGCGCUCAGGGUUUAAAGUGUCAUCUGACAAAUUGGCACCUUCAGGAUGCAAUUGUUCGUUAGUGUUUCACUGGAGUGUUGGCUUGGAUUUCUAUGCUUGCACCUGUGGAGAUAGAUAUAUAGCCACCAGUUUUUUUUUCUUUGGUGCAAGUACCACCAAAGCUGAGCCACUUUUAGUUGGAUUGGACAUGCAGGUGUACUGGGACAUUAACAUUACUGGCCUCAUAUUUUCAGCCGAUCCAUUGGUAAUUUGCAGCAGUUUGAUUGCACCAAGUAGCCAUUUUGAGAAUUUAAUUCCUGAGAGGUUUUGUCAAUAUAUUCAAGGAUACUUUCCUGUGACCAAGUAAAAUGUUACAUUUUUAUGUGGAUUUUGCCAUGCUAAAGAGUGGCAAAUUGAAACAAAGAAAUGCCGGAAACAACUUUAUUGUACCUGUUCCUCUUUGCUGUCAGGAGUAUACAGUAGGUAUACUGUUCUGUUUGGUUUGGACAGAUUCCUGACAUUUUUUUCAUUGUGUGGAGUUUUUAGUUUCUAACCUGCAGAUUCCACCCCCCUCCCCCCAUAUUUUUGUGUAGUUUAAUAUCAGGCCCAGAGCUUACCUAUCAACACAAUAUCAGGUCAAAAUUUUGAAUGUUGAAUUUCCACAAAGGAAGGUAAAUGUAGAAGCACUAUUCUUUCUCAUGUUCUUCUGCACCUCCUAAAAUGAAUCUACUGAAGUUUCAGCUCUUAAUGCAAGAUUCAAUUUUGUUAGAGUUUAAAAGUCAGUUUUAUGGUUCUGGUGUGAGAGAAACUGAACAUAUUGUUGAAAGCUGACUCGAAGCUCAUGAUGUACUUUAGUAUUUGAAUAGAAUUGUUUGAGCUUCCAGUGAUCUAUAGAAGUAUUUCAUUUACUUACAUGCGUAUUUAAUAUUUCCCUGCCUGCAAAGUCCCUUGCAUUCUGCCAAGAUUAAAGUAGGGUGAUCCUUUAUCAGCUCAACCAGACCAAGUCUGCACAGUGAUAGCAGUUGUUAUUUGAUCAUUGAUGUUAGGUAUGAACUAUGCAGAACUACAAGAAGGAAAUUUUAAAAGCUGAAGGUCAAGUAUAAUUACAUGGGAAUUGGGCAGAGUAUUGGGUAUAAACUAUCAAUCUCUUCUUUCAUCCCCAAAAGACCUGUAUAUUCCUUGCCUUCAUUUUGGGUGCAAAAUUGACUGCAACUGUUGAUUCUAAACUUGUAUUACAAGAAAUUCUGCAAAUGAAUAUUAGAGUUCAAUUUAGUAUGCCAUGUUGUGAUCCACUUGUUAGAUUUUUUAAUGUUUUGCCCAUCCUUCAGAAAAUGGAGAGGGUGAAUCAAGCCAAUGCAGUAGCUGGCAAGAAUUUUUAUAUACCAUUGAAACUAUCUAAUUUGAUUUAUUUAAGUGAUCACCAAAGGUGUUUUGUUUUUGUAUUUUUUUAUAUUUAGACUGGUAAUUGUGAAAAGGUCAUAUUUUUGAUUGACCUGAUCACAAAUUUAUAUUAUGAUCAGGACUUUCUGUUGAUACUAAUGGUCCAUUUCAUUUCGGGCAAGGUAAGGGAAAGAAGUGGAAGAUUAAAUGCUGUCGAUUAGCCCUCGGGAUUCGGAGUCUUUGUUCAUGAUCCUGCAAGAGUAAUUUUUGAGGUAGUUGAGUCAAUUUUUAUCAUAGAGUAACCCAUUGAGACUUUGUCACAAAAAUGGUUGGAAUUUUGAAUGAUUAUGCUUUAAAUUCCAAAUUUAACUAAUGCCCCCCACUCUAAAUGGUUAUUUUUAAUUUGAUCUGGGCACCCAUAUGUCUUAAUCUUUCUGACCAUUUUUUCACUUUUGCAAAACUUAAUUGUAUGCAGUUUUUAAAUGAACCUCAAUUUCUUAAAAAUUGAAGGCUUCAUGCAUUUAACAAUGUAAAUAUCUUUCAUAAAUAAGAGCAUUGUUUUUUUCAAGUUAAAAAACAAAGUAUUUCACUUGCUGAUAAUUAGUAAAGAAAAUAAGACUUGUUAAUAAUCUGUUUACCAUUCAAUAAAAUGAACUUGCAUUUGUGUAGUUUAUGCAACAUUCAGAGGGUCUCUCAAAAAGCUUCACAAGUAAUUGAACUGCAUUACUACUGUAAUGCAGGCAAAUAUCCAGCAGAGCGAUUGACUUUUGAAGUCUGCUUUUAUUGAAGUUUGUUCUUGCCUGAGAUGAAUGGUAUUAGAAUCUGUUUAAAAAUGUAAGUGGUCCACCUUAUUAUGCACUAAGAAAUGCAAUCUGACCAAAGAUCUGAUCUUUAAGUCUUUUGUACCUACAUGAACUAUUUGAUUUACUAGUCAUAGUAUUUUAAAUCUGUAUUUUUCACUUCAGACCUUUACACUGAACCUAAAAGAUCUCAAAUAGUGGUGAAAAUAUUUCAGCUAAAUUUAGUUCUUUGAAAUACAGAAGCUUUUACUUAACUUGUUUUUAGUAAGCAGCCAUGACUGCUUUUGCCAUGUGAAACUGCCCUAAUUCCUUUUCAUUCAUGUACAUGUUGAUAAAUAAAAUGGAAGUUCCUAACUGUUUUGCUGAAAUUAGAUUCAUUCACUUAGCAUGUAAUUUCAUAGCUAUCUCUAUCUUGAAAGAAUAUUAUAAUUAGCUAUAUAACAAGUUAGAAUUAAACCAGUUAAUUAGUUAAAUUUAAUUCUAGUUACUUUAAACUGACAUUAAAGGUAGCUUAUAACCUCAACUUUAACAAUGGCUACAAUACUAGAUUAGCUCAAAGAGUAGUAGUAAACUUUGUCAUGCAGAAUAUCCCACCAGCCUCCUCACCAUGGUAAAUUCAAAAUGAGGCAAAUUUCUGGUAGCAUUUUGUUUGAGUUUAUAUGUAAUUCAUCCAAAUUUGCAUUUAGACAAGCAACAAAUUCUGACAUUUGCUGACUUGUUGAAGUGUUGAAAUUGCAUAGCUAUUGUUCUGAAGGUUUUUCAAAGUUGCCUUUAAAGGUAGAGAUUUUAAACACUUUAGGGCAAAGUAGACAUCUUUCUUGCAUAAUUCUGUGUAAGGUAUGAUCUGAGCUGAAUAUACUUAUAGAUGAAGAUUGCAAGUGUAAUUUGUAGUUGGCUUUAAAAAUUAAAAUUUUAAAACUUUAAUUCCCCACUCUUCUCCUAUUAGAUUCCUCCUUCAACAGCCCUUGACCUUUCUCACGCACCUGGCUUCACCUAUCACCUUCCAGCUAGCCUCUUCACUGCCCCCCCCCCCCCCCCACCCACCCACCCAACCUCAUCACUUUUGAAUUGUGGCAUCUUUCCCCUUCCUUAGUCUUGAAGGAGAUUCUCGGCAUAAAAUCUUGGCUGUCUAUUCAUUUGCAUUGAUGCUGUCUGACCUCCUGAGUUCCACCAGCAUUUUAUGUGUGUUGCUUUAGAUUUCUAGCAUCUGCAGACUUUCUCGUGUUUGAAGUUUUUAGAUGUAUUAAUAAUGCAUUCAUCUACAUUUUGAUUAAAUCCCAAAUGACUUUGGCUUAUGUCUGUAUAUCUCUAAAUUAGUGGGAUUUACAACAGGAAAUGUGCUCAAUUCCAUCUGGUUACCUCCUUUUAAUUGAUUUAAACUUUGUUCGUUAUGUUGAGUUAGUUUUUCAACAUGGUCUUUUAAGUAGCACCAAAUGAAUUGCAGUAUUUUUAGGGUUUAUGUCUUAAAUUAACAAACCCCUUGUGUAGCUGACACAUUAAGAAAACCUAUGUAUGAACUGAGUGUUUUUGUAACUGAAAAGAAAUAAAAUUUUGCAGAAACACUGAUAACUCCAUUCUCUAUUAAUGUAAGGUAGUGUAUUGGCAGUUUUAUUCUGGCGAAAUGGCAUAUUUCCAUUCUUCUGUAAUUUAGUUGAGUUAAACAUACAAAGGACUCGAAAUAAGUUUAUUGUACGAACAGAAAUGCUAUUACAAGAUUAGUUGGUAACAUGGCUUACUAAAAUGCUACCUACUUGGUUAACAUCUAUUUCAAUAAAUGUCUUAUAAUUUU